AUGGCAACUAAAUGUUUGGACAUGUUCCAUGGAAUCGACCGAACUGCAUUCAAGAUGCUGACACAAGUCCUUCACCGUGAAGUUACACAGUCCUUGAUUGUCAUCGCAUUUUUGCUAUCAUUGGAGACCAUGGGACUAAGUGGUAUUCUGCAAAAUGCCACCAAAAAAGAGAGCCGGUUUAUGAACAGUCUUGCUGAGGAUUGUGUCAUAUGUCUGCAAUGCCUACUAUCUCCCGUAUUACCAAGGGUUGUGGAGAAAUCCAAGAAACUCGAAACCCUCGGACACGCAUUGAGAACUGAGGUCACCAUAUCCCAGGUUCAUGGGAUGAGAUCUGUUCUCCUAACGAUAAUUCCCGAUACCCUCUCAAAUAUUUGCCCUAGAACUCUAGGCGACGUCACCAUGGAUUCCGUGUGGUUGGACUAUCAGAGGAAUCCUGCAAGAGUAUUGGGUUUCAACACACAGGACGAGGGCAGAUCUAUUGCACCAGAGGUAUUGAGUGGACAUUACACUAUCCAACGAAUACAUAUACAAUAA